CGCUCCCAGCGCUCCCUGUCCCCGCCCCGCGGCCGGCUAGCUCCACUCCCACUUCCUGAGCCCGGCGCUGGAGCCCUGGAGGCCAGGCCUGGCCGCUCCGGCCCUAGGGGGCACGUCGGCCCAGCAGCUGGGCUUGGGAAGCCGCCGCCAUCGCUGCUCGGGACGCCCGGGCUUCCUACCCUCCUCCCGGGUCUUUACCCAUCUGCUCGCCCUGCAGGUCGGCCGAAGGGCGGCCAUGCGCCUGCCUUGGGCCGCCUCUCCCUCCGGCCUGGCCUGGGGGCCACUCCUGCUGGGCCUCUGUGGGCUCCUGGCUGCAUCCAAGCCCCAGGUGGUGCCCCCAUACCACUCUGAGAACGAGGCGUGCUUGGAUCAGGAAAAGGAGUACUACCAGCCCGAGCAUCAGCUCUGCUGCUCCAGGUGUCCCCCAGGCACGUUUGUCACAGCUGAAUGCAGCCAAAGCCAGGACACGGUUUGUACCACGUGUGCUGAAAACUCCUACAACGAGCACUGGAACCACCUCCGCAUCUGUCAGCUAUGCCGGCCCUGUGACAUAGUGCUGGGCUUCCAGGAGGUUGCACCUUGCAUCAGCACUCGCCAGACGAAGUGUCGCUGUCAGCCGGGAAUGUUCUGUGCCCACCGAGCCCCUGAGUGUGUGCACUGUGAGCCACUGUCGGAGUGUCCCCCUGGCACUGAAGUCGAGCUUAAAGAUGAAGAUGGGGAGCCCGACAACACCUGCAUCUCCUGCAAGGCAGGGCACUUCCAGAAUGCCUCCUCCACCAGUGCCCGCUGCCAGCGCCACACCAGGUGUGAGGACCAGGGCUUGGAGGAGGUGAUUCCAGGCACUGCCCAAUCUGACACAGUCUGCAGAAGCCCACCAGAGCCGCCACUCCCUGAGAUGCCAGCAGGGACGAUGCUGGUGCUGGCCAUCCUGCUGCCUCUGGUCUCCCUUCUGCUGCUCUCCACUGUGGCCGCCUGCACCUGGAAGAGCCACCCUUCUCUCUGCAGAAAGCUGGGGUCGCUGCUCAAGAGGCAUCCUGAGAGAGAGGAAUCACCCUCCUGCCCGCUUCCAAGACCCAACUCUGGUAUCCCUGACUUGGUAAAGCCACUUCUGCCUGUCUCUGGAGAUUUGUCCCUGGGCCCCGCUGGACUCCCUGGAUCCCCACUUUUGGAGGAAGUGGUGCCGCAACAGCAGUGUUCUCUGGGCCAGACCAGAGAGCUGGAGGCUGAGCUGGGGGAGCAGGGCCAGGUAGCUCACGGUGCCAGUGGCUUUCAUGUUGCCGGGGGCUCUGUGACUGUCACUGGCAACAUCUACAUCUAUAAUGGGCCAAUACUUGGGGGAGCACGGGGCCCUGGAGACCCCCUGGCGCCUCCAGAGCCCCCAUACCCCACUCCUGAAGAGGGUGCACAUAGCCCUUCACAGCUCUCCAGGCCUUACCAGGAAGAUGGCAAAGCAUGGCACCUGGCUGAAACAGAGACCCUGGGAUGCCACGCCCUCUGACCAGGCCGGGGCCAACUCAUCAUUCAUGGCUGAUGGUGUCUGAGAGACAGAAGAAGAGGGGCCGAGGCCACCUUCCUAAGGCUGCCCCACACAUAGGAUUCACCAGGGCCUGGAUAGGCCUCUAUAGGCAUGGCUCUAAGGUACCAGGCCUUGGAUAACUUCCUAGAGAGGAAGGCGGGCACCAGCUGGGCACAGCGCCCUCACCCCUGCCAGUGAGAGCCUUCGACCGCAGUACAGGCCCACUGCCCACAGGAAUUGCACCUGCCCAGCCUCAGGCACAGAUGGGGUCUGUGACGCUGACUGCUGCCUACCACGGCACUCCACAUCCCAAGCAUGACUGAAGGGAACUCAGUGGUCACACGGUGGGUCACCUACAAAGGCAUCUUCAGGAUCUCUGGAGGACUCAUGGUGCUUAGUCCCAAGCUUCAGAGGCCCUGUGAGGGUCCAUACUUGUCACAGACCAAGGUGGACCCUGGGGACAGAUGAAGUUAUGUAGAGCAUCACCCAACCCUCGCCUGCUGGAGAAGGGGAGACAGAAUUAAUUGGUCAAAACUGGGGGUUUGGGUAGAGCCACAAGGUAUGGGUAAGAGUUUGGGAAUGAAGGAGGAUGACAAGUGUAUUUAUAAAUUGUAACCACAUGCAAAUAAAAGAUCAAGAUCCAGGUAA